ACUGGGUAUGGAUGCAUGGGUGGCCCCAAGAUGAAGGGUGAAUGGCCUCGUGAGUACUGGUAUGAGGGGUGGGCAGUAGAAUCAACGACCACCUGCCCCUGCUUCCCGUCAGUGGGCGGGGCCUUCCUGUCAGCAGAGACGGAUCCCGUCCGGGCCUUCCUGUCAGCAGUCACGGAUCCCGUCCGGGCCUUCCUGUCAGCAGACACGGAUCCCGUCCGGGCCUUCCUGUCAGCAGUCACGGAUCCCGUCCGGGCCUUCCUGUCAGCAGUCACGGAUCCCGUCAGUGGGCGGGGCCUUCCUGUCAGCAGAGACGGAUCCCGUCCGGGCCUUCCUGUCAGCAGACACGGAUCCCGUCCGGGCCUUCCGACCGCGGGUGGGACCGCAGUUCCGGUCUCCCGUCAGCGUACAGCGAUGGCCGAUCUGGAGCGGGAAGUGGAGGCGCUGCCGGGCUUGGCGGCCGAGUUGACCUGCGCCAUUUGCCUGGAGCUGCUGCAGGAGCCUGUGACAGCGCCGUGUGGCCACAACUUCUGUCGGGACUGCCUGUCGCUGUACUGGGCGGACGAUCGCGUCGGCCUUAAUGGCUUCAGCUGCCCGCAAUGUCGCUGCCACUGGGCCCAACGGCCCGAGCUGCGUCCCAACCGCGUCCUCUGCACCGUGGUGGCGGGACUGGAGCGCGCCCGCUGCAAUGCCGAGACCGUGGGCAAAGCUGAGGUCGAGUCCGGGCUCACCGUGCCCUGUGACGCCUGCCCGCCGGCCGCCGCCGCCGCGGCCCUCCGCUCCUGCCUUACCUGCCUGGCUUCAUUCUGCGCCGAGCACCUGGAGCCGCACCAGCAGAGCCCAGCUCUCCGCUCGCACAGCCUUCGCCUGCCGCUGCCCGACCUCGCCGAACGCCGCUGCCCCAGCCAUGGCAAGCUGCUCGAGUUCCGCUGCUGCCAGCACGGCGACUGCCUCUGUGCCGUCUGUUUGCUCGAUCACCGAAGCUGCAGCACCGUGACGGAGGAAGAGGCCCGCGAGAAACACGAGGAAGAGCUGAAGGUGCAGCAGAAGACAGUGGAGUAUCAGCUCAUCCAGCUUCAGCACAGCCUGGAACUCGUGCAGUUCCAGAAGGAGCACGUGAAGGAUUCCUCAAUGACUCAGAAGUCAGCAGUUGCCUAUGAGUUUGCGGAGAUGAAAGCAAUGAUCGAGCAAGAGGAGAAAAUUGCAGCCAGACUCUUUGAAGAAGAAGAGAACAAGGCGGACAGCAGGUGUGUGGAGUUGCUGGAUCAGAUGAGCGCUCAUUUGGAGAGGCUGAAGGAUUACAAGGAGCAGCUGAAGUCUGUGCUCACCCACACGGGGGGCAUUGCUUUCUGGAAGGUGGUUGCUGAUCUUCCUAAGGUCUCCCUGGACCCUCCCACAUCACAGCAACAGGUUGAGGUGGAUGCCCAUAAACUGGUUCUCAUAAGCAAAGCAGUUUCUACACUUCGAGGCAAGCUGGGCCAGCAGCUGAAGUUUUCCUUGGACCAGAGGGUGCGGCAGUUGGAACAGAUUGAGAGAGCCAACUCUAAGCUGCAGACAGCUGCAACAGACCUUACAAAGAGCCCAGGAUGCCUCCCAGAUCAGAAAUCGGUAUCUGCUGGAACAAGACAGCCAUCCGAAGUUAGCAAUCCGUCCGAGGACAAGAUGGGCAAAAGCAAGAAAUCCAAGAACAAAAUACAAGAUUUGAGGCAAAUACUUGUCUCAGAUCAGUUGGAGAUCCCAGGAGACCCGCAACCUCUCUUUUUCGGAACAAGAGAACCACCAGAAGUGGGAAAACCAUCUGAGGACAAGCCAGGCAGAACCAGGAAAUCAAAACCCAAACCUUCAGCAACUCCACGCCAGACGUCUGAUGAGACAGAGAAACACAGGAGGCCAUCCAACCCCAGUAGUGCCUCUGUGCCGCAGACACGACAGGACUACAUGCAGUACAACAGUAAAGUGACCUUCAACCAGCGGAGUGCCCACAAGAAGCUCAUUCUGAGUGACCGAUACACUACGCUAACCGUAGGGGAGCAGUUACAGUCAUAUCCUGACCUACCUGAGCGUUUCUUCAACUGCAGCCAGGUGCUGGCUUUGCAGUGCUUCACCAACGGCCGCCAUUACUGGGAAGUAGGCAUCCAGGGCAGCAGCAGCAGCUUCUGGGCCAUCGGGGUAGCAUGUGCAGGCAUGGAUCGGAGUGGCUCCAGCAGCCGGCUGGGCAGAAAUGCUCUCAGCUGGUGCAUAGAGAGCUUUGGGGCACAACUAUCAAUCUGGCACGCUGAUCAGCAGGCAGUUUUACACGUCCCCCUGCCCCGUGUGGUUGGUGUGUACCUGGACUUUGAGGCAGGGGAGGUGGCUUUUUUCUCUGUGGGAUCUGGCAUGUUCCUACUGUUCCGUUUCAAAGCUAAUCUCCGGGGGCAGGUCUUCCCUGCCUUCUGGCUCUCUUCCAGCAGUACAAAACUAACGCUGGGUCACUGACUGGUUGCUCACUGCUACCCCAGCCCUUACAGCAGGGUGGACCAGACAUUGCUGCACCAGUUCAGGCAGAGUCACCCCCUAUCUGCAAUGAUGGGAGGCUGGAGGAGCAAUGACCUUCUUUCCCCCCUCCCCCAACUUCCCUGAGACAGUCUCCACCAAGUGGGGGGGGGGGGGGGGUGGUGGAGAGAGAAUGAUGUCCUUGGGCUUGGACACUGGUUAUUGGGGACUUUAUUUUAAUCUUUAGGCUUUAAUCUGCAUUUUUGGAAUGAGUUCAGAUGGAAUGGGGGACAGUUUCUGCGGCUGCAGCACAUUCUCGAGGGGAGACGGAUUCACUGCUGUGAUCAUGGUUCUCAUGGAGAGCAGCCAUCUCAGGAUUUGCCCUCGGCAACGGGACCAUUCGCUCAUGUAACUGUGUGUAACUCGAUAAACCUGCUGCCCUCAGUGUCCUCCUGCUGUCUAUGGGGAGGGGGAGGGUCCUGCUCCUUUACCCCCUUGGUCAGUCAGUCCCUGGAUGUAGAGCCGGAGGCAUGCCUGGUCACACAGAUCUGACCUAUUACACAUGCCCUGCCCAGUACAGCUGUGGUAUGGCAUGCUUUGCAGCUGGUUGUCUGAUUUUAACUUGCAAUAAAAGGGGACAAACAAAU